AUGGAGUGGCCCAGCCAAUAUGAGAUAACCAUGGUUGCCAAGGCUGAAUUUAUGUACCAAUUUACUACAAUCAACGAAGGUCGUAAUAUCACUGCAGAUCAAGCUUGGAUUUUUUUUCUUAAAGCUGCUAGAACAUACUCCGAAGAAAUGCGCGGAAUCACUCAAGCUAAAAAAGAAGAAUGUGAACGAGCAAAUCAACCGUGGUUUAAUGAAAAAUUUAAAGCAGUGGAUAAUGGUAAUGAUAUUAAUGUUGAACAAGCAUGGAAGUUAUUUGAGGAGUACCGUAACCAUAUGAGAGAAGAAUUUGCUAAAAUAAAGGCAACUGUCGAACAUCCACGUGGAGUAGUUCUAGAAGAAAAUGGUUCAAUUAAAUGUUGA